GUCCUCCCCUCUCCGCCCCCGCCCACGGGGCGGGACGUUUGCAUCACUUCCGUCCAGGCCGGAACCCAAGAUGGCUGUGCUGUUGCUGAGACAUGUUGGCCGUCAUUGCCUCCGAGCCCACCUUAAUCCUCAGCUUUGUGUGAAAAAUGCUGUUCCUUUGGGAACCACAGCCAAAGAAGAGAUGGAGCGGUUCUGGAAAAAGAACACCGCUUCAAACCGUCCAGUUUCUCCCCAUCUCACUAUCUAUAAUUGGUCUCUUCCGAUGGUAAUGUCCAUUUGCCACCGUGGCACUGGUAUGGCCAUGGCUGGAGCAGUCUCCCUUUUUGGCUUGUCCUCACUGUUGCUUCCUUGGAACUUUGAGUCUUAUUUGGAAUUUGUGAAGUCUCUGAGUUUGGGGCCAGCACUGAUCUACACAGCUAAAUUUGCACUUGUCUUCCCGCUCACGUAUCAUGCUGGUAAUGGGAUCAGGCACUUGAUGUGGGACCUAGGCAAAGGCCUGGCAAUUCCCCAAGUCUACCAGUCGGGAGUGGCUGUCUUGGUUCUUAGUGUGUUGUCCUCUGUAGUGCUGGCAGCCAUGUGAAGAGCUGAAGUUCUGGGCAUCGUCUUGUACAUUAUUACAUUGAUUUAUAUUCCUAUUCAUCACUCUUUAUCUCCAACCAACAGAGUUCUCUUGAUUGGUUUAGGUGCUCUUGUGCUUGCAGAUCCCUUUGGAGCUUUGUAGAGUAGCUUGUAGAACUAUAGAACUAGUAGAAGUUCCAGUUUUCUUAUCUCUUAGGCUGGAGUGGCUGCAAAUCUUUUCCUGCCCACAGCCUGCAGCCUACUCAGGCCUAGCGGCUCUUACUCCCUCUCCAUAUUGGACUUCAACUUGUGCUGAGGGUCAGCUUUUGGCUCCUUCUCGCUGUGACAGUGAAAACAAUGCCAGUUCUGUGGCUGCCCUGGGUGCCACUGGCUGUGGGUUGCUAGCUUAAAGGACAUUUCUGUUCAUUGGUGAGAGCUUAGGGCCUUUAGCACCCACACAGUAUGACUGUGACACAGUGAAGAAGAAAAGUGGAGGUGGAGGGGAAUUGUCCUACCCAGCUAGAGGGAGAUAAAGAGAGCAAGUUGGAUCGUAGAAGCUGAUGCUUUGGGAAGAUGAGAUACAGCUUUUGAUAGACAAGGAAGAUCCAAAAAAUUAAAGUUUCUGUUCCUUUUGUUUUUCAAUUCUAGAAAGCAAACUUAAUGUCGUGUUUUCUGUUCUAAAUUCAUGUACCAUCUUUUUUGAAACAAUUAAAAUAUUGCUAAUUUUA